UGCUCUCCAUGAAGAAUAUAUAAAACGCGGGUAGGGCUUGAAAUUCAGGUUAGUGCAAGAUAGUUUCCGAGCCUGUCGCGAAGCUGUGGUCACGCCAUGCAGGUCUACGUUACGCUGCUUGCCUUUGCUGUGAUCCUGGUCGCGUCCAUAGAAUCGAAACCGAUCUGGUCGAACCUGUACUUAGGCGCUUAUCCUUCCGAGGCCAUUAGUAUACAGCCACAACUACUUCAACACUCUCCAUACUACAUUUACAAUGUACACGCAAACGUGAACGCUGUUCCCGCUGCUGUGAUCGCGAACGGAAAACCUUCGAUCCCUCAUCUGCCUACUUAUGGUUUCUACUAUGGCAAUCCGAUAUAUGACUUUCGGUUCCCGUUGAGUCCGGUAUAUCCGAUCCUAAAGCCCGGUCAACCAGGAGAACUGCCGAGACCGUCGACAGAACCGACGACCACAACGAGACCAGUCGAGAAUAGCGAGGGUGGUAUUGAAAAAUUAGACACAAAGGUUGAACCGGACAAAGAGACAAGUAGACCAAACGAGAGCGAAGAGAACGAUGACAGCGUUAUCAUUGAAUCGAUAUAAACCGACCGCAUUGUCUCAUGCUCAUACGAAUUGAUUUUGUCUGAAUAAAAUUAUCCUUCCCAUUUUUUGA